AUGAAGGUCACAACGACAACAUCAGUUUUGGCGACGAUCUGGGCGGGAGUCUCUGCUCAAGACUACAAUGCCCCACCCCCAAAUCUCGCGGAUCUUCCCGAACUGUCUUUGUUUGAGACUUGGAGGCCACAUACCCACGUUCUCCCGCCCCAUGGCCAGAUCGGAGACCCAUGUGCGCACUACAAUGAUCCCGAAACAGGGCUCUUCCAUGUCGGGUUCCUCCACAAUGGUACCGGUAUUGCACAAGUUCUGACGGACGAUCUUGUUCAUUAUUACGAUGUUAAUCCUAACGGCAACUAUUCAAUCGUCGCUGGUGGUCCCAAUGACCCCCUUGCCGUUUUUGAUGGCUCCGUUAUCCCUAGUGGAGUUGACGGCAAACCGACCCUUUUAUACACCUCGGUAUCCUCAUUGCCAAUCCAUUGGACGCUUCCUUACACUCGAGGAAGUGAAUCGCAGUCUCUGGCCGUCACUUACGAUGGAGGCAAGAAUUUCACCAAGCUGCAAAUUCCGCCUGUGAUUCCUGAGCCCCCUGUGGGUCUGGAUGUAACGGCCUUCCGUGACCCCUACGUUUUCCAAAAUGCGGAACUCGAUCGGUCCCUUGGAAAUCCAGCAGGUGUUUGGUACACUAUCAUUUCAGGCGGUGUUCGAAAUGUUGGACCGGGCAUGUUCCUCUACCAGAACACCAGUCCCAACUUUGAGCAGUGGGAGUACCUUGGAGAAUGGUACCAUGAGCCUGCCAAUUCGACAUGGGGAAAUGGUGACUGGUCUAGGGUCUUUGGCUACAAUUUCGAGACUAGCAACGUCUUCGGCCUCACCAGAGAAGGGUACAGCUACAAUGGCGAACCUUUCAUGACCAUUGCGGUGGAAAGUUCUUAUGCUCCUAUUCAGGAGUCAGUCUCCUCGCAACAUGCCAUGAUUUGGACAGCAGGAUCAAUUUCAACCCCUAGAGGUGAAAACGUGACAUUCGCUCCUGAGAUGGUUGGUGUCUUUGACUGGGGCUUGGCAUCCUAUGCUGCAGCUGGAAAAGUCCUACCCAGGUCUUCCCAAGCUUCUACCGCUAGCGGCGCACCGGAUCGUUUCAUUAGCUAUGUCUGGUUGACUGGUGAUGUUUUCGGUGGAGUUGUUGGCUUCCCAGCUGCGCAGCAAGGAUGGCAAAACACCUUGUUGACGGCGCGCGAGUUAUACAUCAAAGCCAUCCCUAACGUGGUGAACAACGCUCUCGUACAGGAGACUGGCUCAUGGCGUGUGGCCGCCAACUCGAACUCGAGGGGCAACUGCGUUGAACUUGAAACCCUCGGAAUUGACAUUGCACGGGAGACCUACGCUGCUAUGACUGCUACCCGUCGUUUCACCGAGCCAGACCGCACUACUACAAGCGAAGGUGUCAUUCCAUUCCGUCGCUCCCCAAACAGCAGGUUCUUUAUUCUCGAAGCUGAGAUUGACUUCGAUACACGUGCGUCUGGCCUUCAGGCCGGUUUCCAAAUUCUGGCAUCUGAUCUCGAGUCAACCAACAUCUAUUAUCAGUUCUCUAAUGAGUCCAUCAUGAUUGAUCGUUCUCAAACGAGUGCCGCUGCAGAUACAACCAGCGGUAUUGAUGCUUCACCAGAAUCUGGACGCAUUCGUUUGUUUGACAUUAACGAGAACUGUGGUGCGAACGGUGACAAUGGUGCCAAUGGUGGACACAACGGUGGUCACUGGGGAGGUCACAAGGGCAGGCCCUUUGACUUUUCUUCAUUUGGCUUCCCUUCUCCACCCAAUGGAGUUGGCAGGCAGCACAUUGAGACUCUCAACCUCACCAUCGUGGUUGACAACUCUGUCCUGGAGGUUUAUGCCAACUCUCGCUUUGUACUGUCUACCUGGGUCCGCCCUUGGUAUGCAAACUCGACUGAGAUUCGCUUCUUCCAGAAUGGACAGGGUACAGCAUCUUACAGCAACAUCCGCUUUUCUGAUGGGCUAUACGAUGCUUACCCGGACAGACCGCAGUAG